AUCACACAAACUCUGCUGAAAAACCACUUCAUGCUGCUCUCAUCCGACUUUGUCCAGGUGUGAAGCUGAACAAUGGAGAAACCCUGCAGCAAUGCUAGCAUAUACAGCAACUACAGCCAAAUUUUGGAUUGUGUCAUCUUGUUGAAUCAACUGGAGCGUAACCUGAAAGAGCAAUUGUUCCUUCAGCACAUCGAGACUGUGCUGACGUAUGUCAUCAUCUCCAUCGGACUUCCUCUGACGCUUGUAGCCAUCUACGGUGUUCUCUCUCUGGUGAGGACUGAUAAUGAGGCUCCGAUUUACAUCGUCAACCUUCUCGUCUCUGACCUGAUCCAGUUCUGCUGCAUGAUCGCAUCAGUGGUGGCCAAAGAAAAGACUUAUGAAGAUGUUCAUCUGUACAGUCUGAUUGUCAGCUGUGGGUUCAUGCUGUGUAUCUCUGUGAAAAGGUAUUUGGUCAUCGCCUGGCCGCUGUGGUACCACUUCAGACGAUCCAUCAAGAUGUCUGUAGUUGCCUGUGUCGUCGUCUGGACUCUCCCUCUUCUCUUUUUCGUCUUGAUCGUUUUCAUUAGCCUUUCAACAUUGAGGAAAAUCAUGGCCGUCCUCAUUUUCCUUCUGUUGCCUGUGCAAAUAUUUACGGUGGUCGGGACUCAGAGGGCUCUGUCCGCAGCCAGCCGUAUCCCCACUGAUGAAAAAAGACGAAUUAUGGCACUUCUGAUUUUGGUGCUGUUCACGUACAUACUGGUCCUCCUGCCCAUUGCUCCACAAUUAAUAAUUGGAGAACUCAACCAUUUGUCUUCUUUUGUGUGCAAAAUUCUUAUCAAGCUAAAUCCAAUUGCUGACUUGUUUCUGUAUUUCUUCCUCAGGAAGGGCGUGGUAGACACACUUUUGUCCCAUGUCUGUUGUUGCAGACUAAGAGGUGAUGAUGUAGUGUCAACCUGAUCUGGUUUAGGCUCUGCUGUGGGACACUGUGUGUAAACAUCGCUAAAUGUGUGUUAACACUGAACAGCUUUGGGAUGGACGUGACAUGAUGUACACAUUGUUGCUUCAAACAUCAUGUGACAAUUUGUUGCCAUAUAUUAUGAUGCUUCAGAAAUACAGGACAAAAUUAAAGCUGCUUUGUCGUCACUCGCAGCUCUACGACCUUUCAUACAAUGUUUGAUGGUGAUAACAAUCAGCCACACCUGUUCUCUUAGCAUGAAAAUAUGCAGACUUGUGAAAUGUACCUCAUUUGUCAAAUUUAUACAAAAAUAUUUGGUUUAUCGUUAGCCACUCUACAAUAAUACUGUUAUCUUUAGUGAGAACACACAGUUCAUUUGAUUUGUUUACUUAAGGCGUACAAUGCAAAUGGUAUCGGUUGCUUCACUCAGCUGUGGUAGCUGUGGUUAGUGAAUGUUUUAGGUCCAUGUUCCUCCAUGUGCUGGGACUGGGUAGCGUGUAUCAUGCAUCAUGAUACACGCUACCCCAUCAUGUAUCAUCUGGUGUGAACAUAUAUUUACUAAUAUUUAUGUAUUUUUUUGCAAGGGUUCAUUUUUUUCUGCUGUAAUUUGU